UUAGCUCUCACAAUGAAUGCUUGCUUACUCCUUUUCGUUCUGGGCCUAGCGGCCACGUACGUGGCUCCAAGUGCAGCGGACCUCGCAGAAUUGGAGGGCAAGAUUCAGGAAUUAGAAACAAGGAUUCAGAACCUCGUGGCCGGCAUUAUCACUGGAGACGACGAUGAGGUCAUGGAGUCACCCCAUCGUAGGAAGAGGAGCGGUAGUUAUUACUACGCCGCGGCAAGAGGAGCUCCGGGACCCAUUGGAGCCACCGGUGCCCCAGGAGCACCUGGUACCCCCGGUCCAGCAGGCCCACAGGGAGCUACUGGUGCCCAAGGAGAAAAGGGAGAUGAUGGAGAGCAAGGUGUAGCUGGAGUCCCUGGGGCCGACGGGCCACACGGACCUCAGGGAUCCACCGGAGACGUAGGCGAACCAGGACCUGUCGGACCACCUGGCCCACAGGGACAUCAGGGAUUAACUGGCGCCAAUGGCGAGAGGGGAUACCCUGGUAUGCCCGGAGAUGAUGGAGCACCCGGACCUCAGGGACAGCAGGGAUACGAUGGCCCAGCUGGUCCACCAGGAGCCCCAGGCGUUGAUGGCGAAAAGGGAGAUCAGGGAGCACAAGGUGAGAUGGGCGAAUCAGGUGAGAUGGGACCUACCGGACCAAUGGGACCAAACGGACCACAGGGUGCACAGGGUUAUGAAGGCCCACCGGGACCACAGGGACGACAGGGAUACCCAGGACAACGCGGCACCACAGGGGAAGCUGGAGCACCAGGACCACGUGGUUAUACUGGCGCUGCCGGAAGAACAUAUGCAUACAGGGCACCAGCCCCUAAAUAUUAUGCUGCCCCAGCACCAGUCUAUAAGUCAGCACCAGCACCUUCCAAUUAUAAGGGAUAUGAUGGCAACUCAAGAAAGAAGAGACAUAUCUGGAUGGCAGGCCCCCCAGGCCCCGCCGGAAGUACAGGAGCACCCGGACAUCCAGGCUUGACAGGAGCUCCUGGUCCAGCGGGAGCAACAGGAUUUCCAGGAUACAAAGGAGACGCUGGAGACCAGGGUGAGGUUGGAGCGCCCGGAGCCGUCGGCGAGCAUGGCCCACAGGGACCAAAGGGUAACCAGGGAACUGUAGGCGAGGUAGGGGAAGUCGGACAGCAGGGAGAGAAGGGAUCAACAGGUGAACCCGGACCUCAGGGAGAGGCUGGUGAACAGGGAUACCCGGGACCAGCUGGUCCUCAGGGAGAAAAGGGCGUCCAGGGUGAAUAUGGACCACAAGGUUUCCCCGGUUUGCCGGGAGAUAAAGGUCUCCAGGGAUACACAGGAUACCCAGGAAUGCCAGGUGACGCUGGACCAAGGGGACCCCCAGGGGCAGUAGGUGAGCCAGGACCAGCGGGACCUGUAGGUCCACAUGGACCCCAGGGAUCCAUGGGCAAACAGGGUUAUCCAGGACGCACAGGGUCACCGGGUGUACCAGGCAAGCGUGGAUACACAGGCGCACCAGGCCCAGCAUAUGCUAUGAGACAAAAAACCGCUCCGGCACCUCGACCUUCUCCUAUCAAGGGUUAAUUAAUUAAUUCAAAAAUUCUAAAUUAAUGUGAUCGAUAUUCCACUUUUGUGUUAUAAAAAUCAAAUGUCACGUUCCAUCAACUUAACGUUUUAAAACUGUUUUUAUAUUACUAUACAUCUGCGUCAUCCACUUAAAAUAUCAUGUUCGAAUUGAAAUAAUGUGAAAUUCAUAUGUACGUCAAGAAAUCAAAAACUGGUGAUGUGAAAGAAUAAAAAUGAGUU